GAAUACCGCACAGCCGGAGAGGCAUGAAGACUGGGAGAUAAGCGGGAUACAUCGCUGCUGGAUACACGGAAGCAGACUCAGGACGCGCUCUGAUAUGGUGAGAAUAAGACAGAAAUUUUCUGAAUGAUGUUUUGGGAAUAAGAGUGAAGCGAGUGAUUGAGUGUGGUGGUCAUGCGGCUAAACAGUGAAACCAGCACAAUGCCUCUGUGACAAAAGAUAUCUUGAAGUUAGAUGCAGGUUUCUAACGGUGUAAACUGAGUGAUUCGCUUUGAGGUCUGUUGAUGUAGUGGUUUUACAUUUCUGUUCUCCUAAACACACAAAUUCAUGACAGAAAACCUCCAUUUAAAUCUAUUCUGUAGGACUUCUUAUUCAUUGUGUCUCUUUAGAUAUUUGUUUCCUCAUAAUUCAAACAAUGGCUGUGCUAAAUGUGGCAUCCUGUGCGUCAUUUGGAGCUCUCCUGCAACAUUUUUACGCAUGGGAAUGGCUCGUCUCUUUGGGCGCAGCUGCCAGAGUAGGUGCGAUAAUUGGAAACGAAUCUCGCGAUGAUCAAACCAAUUAGCGGACCUGCAAUGAAGCUUCUUUGUCCUUACAGCCAGAAGUAGUGCGCAGUUUAGUGACAAGAAAAGAGGAAUGAAAAGAGGAGAAGAGACGGAUUAUGCAAAUGAACCUGAAUCUUACAAUAGGGUGACCCCUAUCUCCUCUAAGCCUUUGGUCCAUCUCCUGUGCAGUCAUGUGCAAGGCUGAAUAAUUCAUAAUAAUGGUGACAGACUGGGAAUCUUUAAGUAAUGGAAUAUUUAUGUGCCCAUUAUUGUAUGAAUGUGUUAAAAGAAGGACUGACCAUCCCAUUAUGGACCCAUAUUGUCAGCAGUUUUCCUGGAUGAAAGUAGAGGAGAGCAGAGGUCUUUAAAGAGAUGGGGGGUGGCUACUAGGAAAAGGCAUUAGCUUACUGAUCACAUCAUAAAAUAAGAUUUAUGUAGAUGAAAAUCAAGCAAGCACAAUAGGAGCAGCAGGAAUGAGCGGGAGAAAGUCUGCACUUAUUGUUUUCUGUGAUUCUCGGCUCCUCUCUCAGAGCUCACUUCCCACUCAGACGCUGUGUGUCUGCUGCCAGUCUGUUUCCUGGUUUUUGUGGUGACCGUCUCUGCACAUGCAAGCAUUUUUUCCUUUAAGUAACUUCUGUUUAAGCUAAAGGAAAUACUAACGAAUCACUCCUGAGCAUCACAGCUUAUUUUAGGGAAGAUCUGACUUAUGUAACACGAUACGCAGCUAUCAAGUGUUUGUUGAACGCAGAGACAUUUAAUGUGCCAGAGUAAACUAGAUCAGUGGUGGUUUUACAACUGAUUGGCCUCCUCGCUUAAUUAUGGGACCAAAGAUUUACAGCUACUAAAAGCACCAUCACAGACAUGAAAGAAAUCCCCCGCCAACGCUCAACGAUCAGCACUCGAGAGGAAAUACAGACAGAAUAAAUCUGUCCACAGUAUGAAACUGAGCAGAGUCUCCUUUAAUAGAGCCAAAUAGAGCAGUGCUGCUUGACUUUACAGAGCAGGUUCGUGGCCCUGCAGAGAGGGGAUCAGUCAGCAGAUGGCAGCAUCAUGGCACAAACAUCCUGGAUGAUGGAUGAUCAUUCAGACAUUGUGCAGAAGAGUCCUGUAUUCCUGUAAAACUGACUGUACCAUGUUUAUAUUAAAACCGCUGUUUGUAUUUGCAGAUUUCAGGAACUUUAAGGUUUGACUAAAAGUGUCAAAACUUAAACUAAAGGCAGUUUUUUUAAACCUCUGAUUAAGGCAUCAUCACGCAAUGAUUAGAGGAAAAGUAUUCACACUUCAGUAAAGUUUUGUAAUAGUGCAUAAAUGUGAUUUGAACUUGUCAUGAGAUUUUUCUGCAGAUCAGACAGAUUAGUGUUUGAGUUGCAGCAGGGGCGUCGUUGGGAAUUCUGGGCCCCAUAACAAUAUAUCACCUUUGGUCUCAUCUACAGCCGAAGUCAGGCUUGCACAGUUAUUAAAACUAGGUCUCCAUUACGCAAACAACCCAAUCAAAGCUUUAAAUAUUUGUUGGUUUGUUUUACAGACCCCAAAUCAGAAGAAAGUCAUCUCAUGAGUAAAUGUCACAUUUCCACAGCAUGAUUUGUCCUCCAUUUAUUUUAGUGUCACUCUGGUUUUGUCUGAUCGUUCUCCAUCUCUGUGUUGAUUGGUAAGAUUCUUUGACCAUGGACCUUUAGGACCUCUGAGAAAUACUCAAAUCACCACUUGUUAUGAAAUAAGUGUGCUGAUUCCCUGAGAGUGUUUUUAUGUGUUUGUUUUAUCAAACUUAAGGCAGAGACUUAUGUCACCAGGGUACAUGGAGUGCAAAGGCAGAGAUUUCCGUGACAAAAGUGUCUUCCUUCUAGUCAUUAUAACAGGACAGCUAUUAUGUCCAACAGAGUAAGGAGGAGGACCUCAAGGCACACUAAAAAUGCAAACAAAGGGGCAGCUAUCAGUUUGAACUUUUAACCUUAUUGAAACGAUGAAAUAGCUGAUCAGAAUCCUCCAAGCUUUAAGGAAGAGUAAAAGGGUUGUGGGAUCAUUAGAGCAGCGACUUUACUGUGCAAUUACUGAGCAUUAAAAAUCAAAAACAAUAUCUAUUUAACAAUAUCUCAGUGUGCUGGUCCUCCUGAGAGGAACUUUCAGCUGUGUUAGUGUUGGCGCCCCCCUGUGGAUAAAGCAGUCCCUGCAUAUUUUGUCCCCAACAUGCUACAGUCCUAACUCCUGACAAAAAAAACUCAUCCUGCUGACUCUGGAUGGCUAAAGUUUCAUUAAUUUUGAUUUUUUUACCUCAUGGAAAUUGUAAAAUCAGAGGUUUUUUUUCUGCAGCAGCUGAGACCCAACCCCUGACACUGGUAUUAUGUGUUAAAAAUGAUAUUUUAAAAAUCAUCAGUCUUGUUGUAAACUAAAGAAGCAUCACAAUGAAUUUCAGUGUUAUGACUUUAAGUAAAACAAAAACACUUUGCAGGAGCUUUAAGAAGGGUUUUUAAACCGCUGCAAAAUGAAGAUCAGUUGAGCACUAACUCUAAUAACUUCAUAUUAAUCAGUGUCAUUAAAUGCUUUAUGUGGCUGCAAUAAUGUCAUUUUUAAAUAAUUGAUAUGCUAAUAGGAAACAUGAUUAAGGUCUGCAGUUUUUUGGUUUUAAGUAUAUUCUAUAAAUCUGUAGACUGACUGCUGUCUUAAUAUAAAGGCAGUAAUGUGAAAGCUGCAGAGUCAGACUACAGAGAACCACCAGUGUUACUGUAUUGUAAGAGGAGGCUUGUUUUUCAUAACUUUUAACGGCUGUUAACUGACCUCCAUAAUCAUAUAAGUUUAAUAUUCACCUUCAAAGUCUCCUGGCGGCUCAGACUGUUCUCAGUGAUUAUGACAGACCAAAUAUGGAAAAGUCCCGUUAAGACCUUGAUCCGUCUGGGACAAAGGCGUCCUUGUUGAGCCGUUUACUUUCAGUUUCUAUUUGACCACUUUGUGCAGUUACAUAUUUAACUAAAAAGGAUCAUAUUUCAGUUCUGACUCUCAGUUCAAGACAACAGCAGAGGGUUUGGUUGAAAACAGGUUUACACAAGAACAGGUUAUUAAAUUUUCCAUCGAUGAAACUGAUGUGAGUGCCCAGUUAGUGUGUGUGUGUGUGUGUGUGUGUGUGUGUGUGUGUGUGUGUGUGUGUGUGUGUGUGUGUGUGUGUGUGUGUGUGUGUGUGUGUGUGUUUUCUCUUUUUUCCCUUUUCUUUUCUAUCACAUGUUUUCAAAGAAAUCCCAUUGCUGCAGCAUUGCCGUCAUAAAGCACUUGCCUUUACCUGUCCUCACCCUUAUCACCUGGACUAAUAUGAUACCGGAGCGCCAACCAAAGUCCAUAAAAGCAUUUAACCAUAAACUUUGAUACAGGCUGUUUGGGAUUUGUUCAUCCAUUAACAGAUCCAGCAGAUGUCCUCACAUUAAAUGCCCAUUAUGUUUGUAUAUUUCCUUACAUUCAUCAAUCAGAUUUAUCAUUUAUAUGUCAGAAGAAAGAGUUUGCCCCGUUUAAGCUGUGACAUCUGUGUACAGAUGUUUUCAGUGGGACAUGUUUGCUCCGUGUUUGCCGCUGACUCACAUCCUGUCGUUUAUUAACUAAAGCUGAGGCUGAGGGUGAAGUGACCCUUUAUAUCCUGCCAAGGAAGUCAUCUGUCCUGUUUCAUCCUUUGCUUCUAAAGAUAAUCGGGAGGUUUUACAAGAAACCACACACACAAACAAACUUUUUUUUUCUGAUAUAUUUAUUUAAAAUAACAUCUAAAGUUCCUUUAUGCAUAUAAAAAUAAAUAACAAACGUCUUCUCUUAGCUUUUCCUGCUGCACACGCAGAACUACACAGCAACAAUACAUCGACUAUUGAACAGUGUUUUAAAGCUAUAGUUGUCAACAUUUAUGACCGGCCUCCAGGGCUUAGUGUUGAACAUCGCAUCAGUCAUUUACACAGAGGAGGAAAACCCUCCCUGCUCCCGUCACAGACGGAGAGCUUCAUUUACAGCCCAGAACACAGCUGAAGGGGAGGCUGGCAUCAGAGCAGACGGACAUUUUUAAGAAGAAAAGUGGUUGUGUGCUGCUUUUUUUUAUCGUCCUCUGACGGCCUGAACUCUCCAGCGCGUGUUCACUUUCAUCCUCACAGUAGCUUUGGAUCAGGUUUCAGGUGGGGUCGACUACUGGGAGCUAGACGACUAAAUUCUCCUGCCAUGACCUCGGCGCCCCAUUCCACUCCGCUGGCGCUGUCCUCCUCCUCCUCCUCCUCCUCCUCCUCUCCCUCCCCUCCUCCUCCUCUUCAGGCACAGCUUUGGAUCACGACCCAACUUAUGAGCUCUAAAGGACACAUACAGGAGAAGAUUUAUGAAGACCUGCCAGAAAGAAACACUUUCACUUGUGUUAAAGACUCAAAUAGCUUCAAUGUUCUGAAGUCCAUCACAUAAACAGAGACAGGAAAGCAUAAAAAGUUACACUAACUUCCCAUCGAUUAUAAAUGAACUAGAUUAUAGCCGUGUUAAAACACUAUCUGACUUUGUUUCUUCAGUUGCAUGAGUGAUUGGACGUGUAGAGGAAAGUUUAAGAAUUUGCUCAGGUGGGUGUUUUGUUAGGGCAAGAACUGGCUUGGCAACAAACAGGAUACUGUUGGCUGUGUUUAGCAGGAAAUAUGAACUUCCCUCAACCGAACAAGGACACUCUGCUUUAAUAUUCUGCGAGAUUUAAUCAAACUAGAGUGUGUAUUCGCAGUUUUUCUAUCCUGAAACUCUGAUUUAGAGACAACUUCAUCCUCUAAGGGUUUAAAAUCUUCUCCAUAGCUGAUAAAACUCACCAAAGAGGAAGUUUUUUGAGCAUUCAGUUACUCUAAAAGCUCUCAAUAAUCAUUAACAGUUUUAUUGAUCAGUGCUCUUACCUGUUCCAGCAGCGGAUCAGCUGUUUACCCAGCGGAGAGUCUGGAUUCAGACACCUCAGUUCGUUGUUGCUCUUCAGAGUCACUCUGAAAAAAAAAAAACACGUGCAAUCCAUUGAGUUAACUCACACUCCUCUAUACAUGUGUGUGUAGAUCUGGUGUGUUUGUGUGCAGGCUCUGCUACUCACAUCACUGUGAUUUUAUUGCAGCUGGCACUCUUUUGGUGCACGAUGAGCUCUUUCAGCUGCCCUCUGACGCCGUUUUGUGUCGAUGGACACAGACAUCUUCCCGGGACGAACGUGCUGUCUGACUGUCUCACUGCGCAGACACACAAACACAGACACAGUAACAGGAUUAACAGGUUAACUCAACACGAGCAGAGAUUUAGUCACUGAGGGUUCACAUGCUCAAACAACAAAACCUGCUCCUGAGGCAUCAAACAGAAAUUCUCCAACAAGCUUAGCUCAGUUAUGAUUUUUUGUUACCUCUAAUCCUCUCUUAGGUUUCUGUCACUUUUCCCUUCGUGUUUUUGUACAAAAUCAUGACUUUUCCUGCUUUUUUAUGAGCUGUAUUUGAGUCUAUAUGAGGUUUAAAAUCACUCGUUGAAGUUGAGGAUAAUCCAGGGGUUCUUACCUGAGAUGAGCACACAGCAGAGGCUCAGAAAAGCGAGCUGACACACUGACUGGAGAUGAAGAUUCAUUGUGGAGAGGACUGCUGCUGUUCACACUGAGCCCCUCAGCCACAUGUUCGCUCCUUUAUACUUACGGCUCCUCCCCCUCCUUCUCCUGUCAGCCUGUGCUUUCCCACCAGGAAAUCCCCACAGCACUUUCAUUUGGAGAAUAUCAGGGGGACAGGACUCAGGCUGAAGGGAUCAAGGACCCCUUUACUCCCGGUUUGUCAGGAAAGGACCUGACACCCAGAAGGACACAGCAGUUAUAGAAAGGUUUCCGUUCUGGUUUGCUGUGGAUCAUGCAGAUAAGAACCUGAGGAUGACGUUUGGUUGUUUUUUCCUCAGAAAGACUGAAUUAGUCAUGUUUCUUUUUAUUAGGAUGAUGCAAACUGUCUAAAAGAAGACGACCACAGUAGCAGGAGUGAUCCUUAGAUGAAACAGAAGUGUUUCCCUGAAUUCUUUCUCAGUGAUGCGUGAAAAUGAAAGACUUCAGUUUUUCACUCUGAGAAAUUUCAUCCCCUGAGCCAGAAGUUUAAUCACAGUUUUACCUCAUUAUUUUUAUAUCCGAUGUUUAAAGCUCCAGUAAAGCGAUUUUAGCUGUUUAUAAAAGAGACUGAACUGUGACCGACAAAAUCAACGAUGAAUUAUUUCCAUAUUGUUCUAACUAUCACUUAAAGCUCCUGUCAGGAAGUUUUGGUUUUCGUAAGUUCAGGCGCCCCCCUGUGGACAAAGCAGUGUCUCUCCACCCCUUCUGACCAAUUCAUGUGUCUGUGAUGUUUUCACGGCAUGGUUGACGAUCUGAGAGCCAAAACUGAGCCAUUGAGUCAGAUUUGAAAAAAGCCUCUAAGACCAUGAUCGCCAUAGAAACAAGGUUCAUCAUAAUUACCAAUCUCUACAAUCGUUAACCAUCCUUUGAAGCAAAAACGGUCUCCUUGCUUUCAAAUAAAUCACUCACUUAGUAUCUUUGUCACAGAAAGUGUAAAAAGGCACUUUAAGCUGUCCUGACACCUACCCUGCAGCGACUGUUCAGAGCUUUAAAAAUACUUACAUUGAGGUCAUCUGUUUUAUCACUGAUGCUCUACUUUGUUUUAUAUAGGUCAUAAAGAGACAUCUUUAUUUCAGUCUGUUUUAUUACUAACAAAAAGCUCCUCACUAGAGCUUUAAAUCAUUCUGAUAAUGGAAAAAGGAAUUAACAGAAGCUAAAAUUCACAAUAAGAGAUCAUUUUAGUUGUUAAAAAAAACAGUCCUUGCCAAGUUCUGCCAGAACCUUAUUGAGCUCAUUUUAUCUCUGCUACAGAUGCAGACCUUAUAGGUUUACAUUAAAAUCAACAUGGCAGCUUCCACUGACUCCUCUGUCACAUUCCUGCUCCGACAUCUGGAUCCCAGAGCACAGAGCGCAUCAGGGAAGACAAGAAGUCAGGCAACAAAAUAUUAAAACACCCCGUUAAAUUUCAAAAUAAAAUACUUUGUGUUGAUGUCAGAUCGUAUUUUACUUUACUACACUGAAAAAAAAUGCCACAGUGAGCAGAGCCAGGCAGGGGUCAAAAGGUCAGAGGUCUUUAGCGCUCAUUACGGAGGUGGAAAAUUAUUGAUUCUGUAUCGAAUGUGGAAAAUCCUCGGUCUCGUGACUCCAGCUGCUCUGCUGUGCAAUAAAAACGCAGACAGAUGAGGAAGCUGAACCGGAGCGGAGACGGACCAAACACGGAUCUGGAUCAGGCAAAAUAAGAAACAAGAUAAUCGUCAGCAAAAAUCAAAAGCUCCUCCAAGAGCUUUAUUGACUUUCUUGUCUCUGGUUUUUAUUGACUUCUUAUGUUGUUUUUUAUUGUCUACAUCAACCAGCCAUAACAUUAUAAACACCAGAGCCAUUUGAUGCAAUUCAAUCUCUACCAUCAGGAAGCUUCUACUUUUUUUAGUUUUUGUUGACAGUGAUUUUUAUGUUUUUUAUUGAAGACGUAGCAGGUGAUGGUGGUGCACUAGAUUGUGUUUUAUUGAGAGUUGUACCUUUACUUUUUUGUCCUCUGCAUUCACAAACCCAAUGGGAGCAAAACACAGGAAUACUUUUUGUUUUAACGCACGACAACUUCAACAAUUAAUCUGAAGAGCCACCUGAAAAGUAGAAUUUAAGGGAGAGUUGUUGUUGUAUUGGGUUGCUUUAGAUUGCUCAGGUGUUCAUGAUAUCAUUACUCGUUGGUAAAUAUAUCUUUAGUCUUGAAUUUUCCACAUUAGUUCAUAUGUGAAACACUCAGCGCUGAGGUGUUAUAUGAACAAAGCUGAGCGGUGUGUGAGGAGCUUUGCCACAACAUGUUACCUCGAUCGGUCCGUUUGGCUCCGUGUCAACAACAGCAUGUGACUUCUCAUCAUAACUCAUCCCUGAUUUUUCCACAGGAUCAUAUUAUUCAACAGCAGUCAAUUAAUGAGACAGGAAAACAUCCAAAAGUAAAUCAUAUGAUAUUAAAAUAUGCAUAUCACUUUUUGUUAUGUGCUUUCCCAAACAAAUUUCCAUCUUGUAAUGAUGAAUGUUACAUAAACUAAAUGUACAUUCAGACUGAACACAGUAUCUUUAUACGUUGAAUAAAGUUUUCCUCUUCUUUCCGUUUGCCACAGCUUUACUCGACUCAGAAUGGAUGAGCGUCAAACCUACGUGAAGCUCAGCGAGGAGAAACUCAUACCAAAGUGAGUCCUCGAUGCACAGUGUUCAAACAAAGCAUUAAAUGUAUUAAAUGUCAUUCUUGUUCGCCCUGUUUCAGAGCUGUAAGCGCUAAUCUUCUCUUUGUGGUCUUGUGCUCACAUUCAGGUCCGACAUCCUGUCGCUGCUGAGGACCUACAACUGUUACCAAGAAGGGAAGAACUUCCAGCUGAGGACUUUUGAGGUAAAAACAGAUCAGAUGCAGAUAUGAUCACCUGACGGCUGACCGAGCCGGCGGAAAUAAUCACAGAAAAACAGGGAGAGUCAUCCUUAAUUGCCUCUAUAGUGUGUGUGUGUGUGUGUGUGUGUGUGUAGGCGUGUUGGUUUGCAGGACAUGCAGCGUUGUAAAAUGGGUCACAUACAUACCAUAACUGGAACCAGUUAGACCAGCACCGUGACCAAACAAGCUGUGAGUGCGGCUGCAGACCUGCAAAGUCUUUGGAUCUUUUCCAGCAUGCCAAGAGGCUGGCAAACCACAAAAAGCCCCCUGUUCCCUCAAAAUGAAACUGGAAUAACGGAGGGAAGGUUUUUCUCACAUCCACUAACCGCUUAGCAAAGUAUUUCCACAGUUAGCAUUUUGCUGCUGUGGGGUUUCUGUGCUGCUGUUUGCAGGAGUUUGGAUAUUUGUUUGAUGGUCAUUCUAUGGCUUUUAUGGUCUGGAGUUCCCCUUUGUGUUCACCAGCAGGUUUUUUACAUUGUCUGUGUGAGUAUGUGUGUGUGUAAGGGUGUGUGUGUGUGUGUCAGGGUGGGUAUGAUACGGUAUGUCUCUUUUGUCCCAACAGACAGACGCACUACAUGGUUGCACACUGGGAAACUCCCACAAAGCCGCAGACAUGAUACAGGCACAUGCAACAUACACAAGUGAAGAGGGGGAAUCAGUGACAUCAAAAUAUUGACUAGAAGUGAAGAAAAAAAAAAGGCAACAGUAGAAAAACUGAAAGGACGCCAUAUAGCGGAGAAAUGUCAGGACCAUCAAAGCCCACGACUGAGAGGUCUGAAAAAAUGAGAAAACCAGCAGAAAUGAGGUGGUAAUGAUAUUUCUGAUGCACAAAACUCUCAGCAGCACCCCUGAAAAUAUAAACGCAUAAACUGAUAUAUGGUAAGUGAAUCUGAAUCAAGCAAACGACUUAACAUGUUGUCCUGCAACAGAUUAUCUGAGACUUUGAUGUUGGAUCAUAAUCGUUGCUCCCAUGAGGAGUUUUUUGACAUUUAUAAAAAAGAAGUAUUUCAUGGUAACCAAAAGCAAACAGGACCAUCACCAAGAAGAGAAACAAUUUGCAUCGUGUCAUUUUUGAUGCCUGAAACCGGAGUGAGGGUGCAGUCUUGUUUUUACAGUUUAUUCAUAAAGACUUCAAGUUUUGUGGUUUGUAUUUAAGCACAGAUGUAACCUUAGCCAAGAGGAAACUUUACAGGAGAACCUUUUGUCAUGAUCCACCAGUCAGUCAGGUCUCAGCAUUUGUUGCUUUACUAUCUUUUUUCAAGGUUUUAUCUCCUCCCACUUAGUCCCGUUGCACCGUAUUGCACCACAGUUGUGAUGUAAGUACAGUUGAGCAGCGACUACACCACAGUCAGGCAAAAGUCCAUGAACAAUUGUCUUUUGAAAGAGAAAAAAUUAGAGUUAAGGGCACUCUGAAGCUAUACGAAUCUUUUUUUUAAAUCAUUUUUGACCCCAGAAGCAGAUGCCUCCAAACAAACUCAGUGGAAAGUUCAUCCAAGAGCAGUUUUCUCUCUAAACCAAACCAUUGUAGAGUGUGAAGAGGAGUUUAUUUGGAUUGGCAAGGUGGUUCAGAAAGGGUCGAAUGAGGAACGUGCGUGUGGGGCGAUGUGAGGCUGGGGUAGGGUGGGAUAAAAGGGGGUUUUGUGUGAGGAAAUGAAAGGGGUCCAAUGAAGUUAUUGUGUGUCUGGAGGAGUCAGGAACCUGGGAGUUGUGAUUCAUGUCUGUGGCAAACUGAUGAUUCCUGCUUUUGGUAUUUGGGGGCAACAGGAGGAGGCACUAGACACGAAUAUCAGACACAAAAUCUGAUCAAAUUAGAGAGGGCCAGCACAUCAAGACAGCACAUCAAAUCUUGAAACUAAAAAAGUUUGUAUUUAUAUAUUUAAAAUAGUGCUUUUUAUGAGUCCAAUGCCAGCAGCAUGUUUCAGAACAGCAGGGAUCUGUUUACCAUUGUGUUGCAUCAGCUCUUCUCUGAACUCUGUCGAUGUCAGUGAACCGAGUAGACCUGUUUCUGGAGUAAUGAAAGUGAAAUGUUCACUCACUCUUACCUGUUACAGGUUCCUGCUCAACGGUUCAUGGUCUCAUUUGUAGUAUUUUUUGUUCCUGAUGCAAAUAUUUUCAGCUGGUAGGUUCAAUUACAUAGUCUCAUCAUUUCUGAAUGAUGUUCGUUACCUGGUACACCCCUUCAUUUGUGGAUUCAGCAGCAAACUGUAUGUACAGACAGAUUUUUGGGAGUGAUUUUGAGCCCAUGCGAUGAUUUCCACUUCAGAGUCAUAACUGCUUUUAAUGCCGUUCUGCCAGACGGCCUAAAGAUAGCUGUGCUCGCACAGUACUGGUUUAGGACCUUGUCUCUUUUAUGCAGAGGUGUCUUCAAACUCUCUGAAUCUUAUUUAAUCAUAUUGGGCAGCACAGUUUCCUAAUAACACUUUCAGUUUCAACACUGAAUUUAUCAUCUUUGCACUAUUUUCAAUUAAAUUCAGACUUUAAAUGGUUUUCAAUCCUUCAAAUCCUGUUAUCAACAUUUUACUCCAUGCAUCAACUCUCAGUGCAGUUUGCUUUGGAUUAGUGUAACUUGACUGUGUGUUUCAUACCCACACUUGAACCCGGUCUUCUGUAGACCGUACCGACCUUGAAGAUCUCUGUAAUUAAGAGUCUGUUUAAGUUUGCAGCAGGAGCAGGAUGUUAAUACUCCUGCUUUAAAAAUGUCACAAGUGUAACUCGUCAGCUUAAGUUGCAACGGCUAUAACGUUGUUAAACAUGAUAAAGUAAAGAUGCACCAUCCGUCUUUUAAAUCCAGCUGUUGUGUGCGCCACUGUAAAUAUAAUAAUAGACUUCAUGUUGACGCGUUUGUCAGCUUGUUUUUCUAACUCCAAGAAUGAAGUAUAACCUCAAUUACUCACAAAAACAAUAACACGAUGCAUAAAAAGCUCUCUCUCACAAGUGUGCAGCCUCCAAAUCAGCCUCCAACUCACCGUAUUAUUUUUAUUUGUUGGUGUUUUAUAAAAAGUUCUCCGUCAAAAUAAAUUGCGAUGGCAUUGUGAUAACUGUACUCACGUUUGUAGGUCAGACUAUGACUCAUGUUGGGGCUGAAUUGGUUGGAGAGCCUCUUGACUCUCAGUAAAGAGUGAUUCAUCAGAUAUUUGUGGGUUUAAGGGUCAAAGCAGUGACAUUCCUCAGAUGGUAUCUGGCCUCAGAUCAACUACUGGAAACUCCUAAUGGGAAUUUCUUGAAAAAACAGUGACUGUAUGAGUGACUGUUGAUGAAAACAAGCUGCAGACCUGAACAUUUCCAGACUCAGCUCUGCUGUGGUCGUAUCCUACAUCUGUGUAAAUAAUAAACGGAGUCACUGUGACGUUUUGUUUUGGCUUUGACUACCUUUUUGAAGCCUUCAGUUUGGCAUUUUGACUGCCGCUGUUUUGGAGAUCCAGCCAGAACUGACCAUAUGGUAAUGGUUGGGAAAUGACCUAUUUUCACAGCCCAACACUCAGUGCCAGCGGCUAUUUCAGAGGUGGCUAAUAAGCUAGUUAAACACUGCAUUACUCCAACUUAAAAAAACACAUUAAAGCCACAACUUUUAUUCAAUUAUUACAUGAAACAAUUAUUAAAAAGACCUCUUAUAACCAAAAACAAGGAAUGAAGUACAGAAACUGACUUUAUCUGCGAGAGCACCAUAUGUAGACUGGUUUUCAAAGCAUUAUUUGAGGAGUGGCUGGAGGUAUGUUACUAAAGACAAACAGUCAGCAUGUAUAGUAAUUAAUCAGCUCAUGAAUCAUCCAGUUUGUUUGCAUGAUUUCCACCAAAUGAGGUAAUAUACGCAGCUGUGUCAGUAAAUGACUAAAAUUUUACUUACCGCAAGACCUAGUGCAGAGACUUUUAAGGCAGGUUAACAGUGUGAUUAACGGCUGAGGAAGCCUGAGAAUUUUCCCAUAUUUGCACGAAAAAUAAUCCGUCAGAGGCACGAGUGACACAAACUAAGAGGUGACGUAGCCAAACUGACAGUGAGCUGCUUUCAUUACCAGCAACCAGAUUAUCAUUUUCUGCAUACUGAAUUUCAAAAGCUGUGUCGAUGUUCACCUAGAAAGGAGCUUUAUGUUAUGUUUACACUCAUGACUGAUUCUAGAGCAGGAUUGGUAAAAACAUGUUUUCAGAUGAAGUAUUGUUUUACACAGAGAAACACGGAUUAACACAGUAAAGGAGCAAAACUGUUUAAUAGUAUCUUCAGUUUUGGGAUGUAAGAGCACAUAAAGUGACGCAACAGUGGAUAACAUUAAAACCAGUCAGGAAACUAUCAUUAAAAGUUUACAAAGUUUAGUCACUCUGUGUUACAGUUAACAGUGCAGUACAUAUUUAGGUUGAUUUUGGGGCUUUAAAACUGUUAUUCAGAGGGGAAUGGAAAAUGGGUAAAGAAGGAAACCAAAAGUGGGAGUGGGGAGUGACAUCUUAUGACACCAAGGGUGUAAACAAAUGAAUCUGGAGUGUCAUUAUUUCAGACAGAGCUUUAGUGUUUUCUUAAGUCACCAACAUGUCGGAGUGUUUUCAUCAUUUAGCUGUGAUCUGUUUACAUGAAGUGCCUCACAGAGACAGGUGGAGAAGGGUACAGGAUCUGAAGGUGUUUUUAUCAUAUUGACAUCAUGGUCAUGCUUUGCAGGUGGAGUCAGGUGAUUCGUGUUAGUCAUCGCGUGGGAGGAUGUGUCAGGUGCUUUGUGGUUCAGCGCCAUCUACGGUAAAUUAUCUUCAAAUAUUUGAGGAGGUAACAUGCCCUGACAUGAACGUUAGCUUAAUAUUAAAUCAUAACAGGUAGAGGAGGUGCUUUCUGCUUUCCUUUUCCAAAGUAAAAACCCACAAACAUGAUGAUCAUGAUGCUGGUAGGAGGUCAAAUGUAUUCUCCUGCUUUUACCUUUAUCUAAAAAGUAUAAGACAUGUAAAUACAGCCCCCUCUAGUGUCUGUAUCUGGUACUUUUUUAUUUAAAAACAUUAUAGCCCCUUUUUUCUCCACAAGAGGUCAGUACAGUACGUGGUUUGUUUUUGGAGAUUUGCAGCUCAGGUCUGAAAACUGUCCUUUUACAAACACACAGUUUAGGAGUUAAUUUCUUUAUAUUGUAAAUAUCUGAGUCCCGUUUAAAGCUUUUAGAGUCUUAUAUUCCAUUAUGCGUAGUUUGUUAGUAGGCUUUUGUUCCUGUGAUCUUUAACAGUGUGUUUGUUUGGCUGAUGUUGUCUUGACUAGACCUGUAUUGAGAUUAUGACUCCUUGUCACUUUGCUUAUCUUGUCAAAAUGAAGAUUUAAGUAAAACAGAGAGUAGAAGGCCUGUUUAUUUAUAAUUCACUGAAUUGUUAUGACGGGUCUUGAGUUCAUUGAACGGUCGCUUUUUGUUUGAGUCAACCAAAGAAGGUCAUUUAAAAAUCGUUUUUCAUUGUUGUGGUAGUUUUCUGUUUAAGAGUAGUUCAUGAAGUUUAUUUAAAGCUCCUGUAAAGAGUUUUUUUUUGACGUUGAGAAGUAGACUGAGGUUCAUUUUGAUGUGUUUUUAUGAUCUAUAAAAGCAAACAAAAACAUGGUAUGGUUUUUAAUGCCUGAACCUGGAGGUGUCUGCAAAGUGGCAAAAGAAAAAGCUGUUUUUACAUUUUGACAUCUUGAAUUUAAGUUUUUAGUACUUCAUUGAAGAGUGUUUUGGAUUCACUUUUGAUAAUAAGUUACAGAGAUGGACCGAUUAAUCGGGCUGAUUGACAGAAUUUUUCAUAAUCUGCGUCAGCCGAUAAGCCCACAAUGUUUUUUUGUUUUUUUUAAUUAUUGUAAAUUUAUUCUAAACAUAUUACUGGUUGACCAGGAGUAUUUGAUUUUACUGUGCAUGAAAUUAUAGAUUAAAACAUGACUUCCUUUAAUUUCAAUCAUGUAACUCAUGUUGGAUUUUUGUUUCUUUUGUGUUAAUUGAAGACGGCCGAACAGAGAUCAAAAUUACCUUUGUGGAAAAAUAUGAUUGAGCAAAAAUAAUUUUCUAUCUAUACUAAUUUAAAAACAUUUUCAUUCAUCUUCAGCAACCUUUUCCUCUUUUGGUUGUGUUGUUUAAUUGUUGUGUUUUCUAAUUGCAAAAAAUAAAAAACAACAAUUUGAUGUUGGCGUAAUGUAGCAGCUAUGAAAAACGAGUCGUUAGACCAAUAAUAUGUUUGACUAAUAUCUGAUUAUCAAACAGAAUAAGUGUAACAUCUCCCUCUGGUGGUUGUCAACAUGACCCUCUUGAAAUACUGUUAAGCUCUAGGAAACUCAAAGUGGCAUUCAGAUACACGAGUCACUGAACUUAUUAAUCUCUAAAAAGUGACUUAUAAAAGGUUAGCACGCCAACAAAGGCCUGAAGACUAAUGUUUAUAUAAUUACAGGGAGUAAAAAGUUGUGUUAUUUUGAUCUGAAAUGUGAAAGAGCUAAAGAACACGGUAUCAUAAAUAAAAUAAGUAUUAAAUUAGUGAAAAGUUAAAUUUCCACAGUGUUUGAUUUUAUUUAAUCUUUUCUAUUCCAGCUCUGUCGACUGUACUGAAUUUCCUGCGGGAGUCAUCCCAAGGGAUGAAUAAAGUUUAGUUUAAGUCUAAGUUUGUGUGUUUAGUCUGACGAUCAUCUAAAACCAACAAAAAGACUUUGUGGACAAAAAAUGAGCAAAAUUUCUAAACUGGGUAACUGGAGGGAUAAAACUUUUUUUAACAACUGAAUAAAUAAUUUGACAUGUUCCAGCUUUAGUUUAUAGAUCCGUUUUCAGCAGGAUUGAAGGUGCGCUGACUCCUUUUUCAGCAGAGUGAUUACAGAGACAGAAGCGUUCAGACAUUUUUGUGAUUAUUUUUUCUUGUUUUAUUAAAAACUACAUAAUUUACAUCAUAAAAUAGAAAAGUAUGUAAACAUGUAGACUUGUAGUCUCCAGUGCAAACAAAAGAAUAUAAAUAGAUCUUCACUUUUCCCUCGAGCCAUCAUCAUCUUAAGUCCCAGAAUGCACUGUGUUGUUUCCAUCCUCUCAAAGUGGGUCGGCUCCUCCAACUGUGUAUUAUUAUCAUAAAAAACAAAGUCCACCACAGAGGCCCUCAGGCCCCUCUUUAAGUCCUUAUCUGUCCAAACAGCCAGUCCACAGGGUCUUUGCCCCUGCAGUCCUUUUCUCUGCUCAUCUUUAGAGAAAACUCCUCAGAGCUGUUCAGACUCAGACCGUAAAGUCUUGAAGUCCUCAGGGUGCGAGGAGACCCGCGGGGAAUCGAGCCUGACCCAGACAGCUUCAUCUGAGCCUUAGAGAGGUUCCUCAGCCGGGGGGACCGCUGGAGCCUGACGGGGCCGCAGCUGGGGGGCUCCACGGGGCAGGCGAGAGCCUGGAUGCUGGUCAUGUAGUCCUCCAGAGACUGGGAGCUCUGGGAGGACUGAGAGGAGGAGGAGGAGGGGUGAGCAGGCAAGUCCUCGAGGGUCUCGGUGAUGGUGGGCAAGAGAGGCAGCGAGAGAAGCAGACGUCUAUGUUUCAUUCUGCAGGGAGAGGAAAAAAAUUAACAGUUAGAUCCUGUUUCACUGAAAACGAUGUUGGUUCAUGUUUCGAAUCUUCAAUUUGACAAAUUUUCUUAUUUUUUAAAUGUGAUCUGAUGAAUGAAUGCAGAAAAAAUUAAGUUUAAGCUGCAAAACUUUAAAUUUUAAUAAUUAUAUAAAAGUAAAAUAUCUGAAAACAUUAAAAGAAAGAUAUGAAAUAAAACCUGCCACUGUCAUUUUUUCUGCACUUACUGUUAAGAAAACUUGUAAUUUAACUGACAUUUGUAAUUCCAUGAUUUUGUAACUUGAAUAACAGUUGAGAGACAGUGUCAGAGCUGCCGUCCAAAAUCUACUUUUCAUUUUCCAUCUCUCGCUGAUAUUUAAAAAGUCAACAUGCUUCUGAUAGAUAAAAUAAACUUUUAAAAAAACUAAAUAGCUGUGUGAUAGCUGUCGAUAAAAACACAUGCGUGAAGAAGAAGAAGAAGUCUCACCUUUGAUGGCGCGGUUGUAUGUUUGACACACGCAGAGUGAAAGUGUGUUGUAGUUUGGCGUGGUGUGUCAGCGUCCGUUCAGCAGAGUCUGUCUGAUCCAGAGUCUGAGUCCAGGCUUUAUAGAGGCAGCCUGGAGCAGAGCGAUUAGCUGCUACUUCCAAAAAUAACUCUGCUGACCUUACUCACAUCUGAACAAAUGUGUGUGUGUGUGUGUGUGUGUGUGUGUGUGUGUGUGUGUGUGUGUGUGUGUGUUCUUGUGUGUGUGUGAGGGUGUGCUCAGGAAGCUGAGGGGUGGUGGGUUGGAAAGGUUGAGCGGUGCAGCUGCACUCUCUGUUUAUAUUCCUGAAACAAUGAAGCCCUGAGAGCUCUCAGUCCUGACAAGUUUCCACUCUCUGCUCCUCAAUCGCUGAUGUUUCAUGGAAAAUAUUAUUGCUAUGGAAAUGUUUCUCAAAGUUGAGUUCUUCUUUUAUACAUAUAAGUAUUAAAAUUAUCUUUGUUGACUAAACUCUCAAGAUAAUUUCUACUUCUUGUACCGUAGCUGUUGAGCAAACACAUUUCUGUACGGCUGUGAUUUUGAAAUUAAAAGCAUAAAGUAAUAAAUUUGUCAGCUAAAGGUUAUCCUCAUAAACGUAAUUACAGCCACUAAAUAAAAGGCAUGCAAUCACAGGCUUACAGCAGCAUGAACUAACAGUAUAAACAUGAUGUUCUAAAAAGAAGCAAUAAAACACACAAAUUUAGAAAACCUCGUCUAAUCUGCUUCAGUGUAGAGUGUGUGAGAAAGUCCUCAGGUAUCACAUGCUCCGUCAGCAGGAGGCCUUAAAUUUCUUACAUCAUUUCUAGUAUGAUCUGAAUUUCUCCAUUUUUUAUCAGUUUCCGUCACUUUUGGAAAAAAACAGUUUUAUAGCUUUGACUUAAGUUACUUUAGUCGUUACUGGAAAUUAUAUGCUCACAGUUUUUCUUCUAUUUUUCCAUUUACAGGAAUCUACCUCAGACAUUUACUUAACAAAUAAUUCAUGUUUAUUCACCUUUGAGCAUCAGAGGUUGAGUAAAGUCAGCGUCUUUCUACAGAUACUUUGGUAAACAUCUUUGGGAAUCUGUGUUUUAAAGCUCCUGUAAGUAACUUUUUAUUUGAGUCAACUUUGGCGCCCCCUGUGGACAAAUGAUACCCAUUACAUUAAACAACCGUGUUACUCUGACGCUUUUGUUUAUGGAGAACAACAAAUUACUUCACAAUAAGAUACUUAAGUUGAAUUAGCUCAACUUAAACUUGGAAUUAAGCGUCACGCCACCAUCAUCACAUCAACACAGAUAUCAGCCUCAUCUGACUGGACAAUUAUGAAUUAAGUUAUUUAUGUUGUCCUGUCACCAGUACAUUACCUGUAAGACGGAUGUCACAUAAAGAAAAACAAUGUGACAGUAUCAAUAAGAAGGAAAAGUAGUUUUUCACAUUAAUUUCAUAGAUUAAGUGCAGGUGCAGCGGUGCACAACACAUGUGCACUAACUUGCAAAAUAAGUUUACUGAAGUCCUGUACAAUAAUGUAGAUUCUUUAGUAUAUUGUAGCCUUAUACGUUUCUUUAUUUAAUCAUUUCGGAGUAAAACUGCUUGAAAAACAACUUUUAAAAGAUAAAGAAGAGGCAUAUUUAACUGUAUCUAACGACAGACAAAGUCGAUUAAACUCUGGAUGGCAGCAGGAGAGGUGUCAGUUCGUUUUUUUUUUUUUGUGUGUGUGUGUGUAAUGUGGUGUGUGUGUGUGUGUUGCAUGUUCAAUAACAGGGAAGAAACUAAAUUUCAUCAAGUAUUUCUUUUUCUUCUCCUCAAAUCUUGUUGUCCAGGAUCGACAAACUCCUCUGAAGAGUCAUUAUUUGUUUGCUCUUACACCUUCAUACGGUGAAGUCUUUGCUAAAAAGUACAAAAAAGCAUCAUUUACUCUAUCAUUCCACCAUUAGCACUUAAGAGUUCUUUUAAAAUACACAUUUGUAUGAAUUUAUUAGUCUACAUGGAGGUUUUACACUAAAUUGUUCAAUCCAAACUGCUCCAGGUCAACCUCCAUCAUGUUUAUCAUGCAGCUUGUCAGAUGAUCAGUCCAAACACUGAGAUUAAGAUCUUCAUAAUGAUCUGUUUCUUAUUGAACUCUGCUCUGAAUCUCUGUGACAUAUAAAUAUUUGGACACUUCAUUAGCAGAAAACCGUCCUCAAAGAUCCGUAUUGUAUUUUAAGGUUCCUCAUGAGAUACAGAGAUAUAACAAGAUGUUGUUUUGGAAAGUGAUUUGCUUCGGAUCAUUCUGCAAUUAACAGUCAGAGUUUAUGAGAAACGUUUGCCUGAAUAUUAACUUUGUUGGGAUACAUUUACAAAAAAAUUUGUCAACCUGUUUAACUUCCUUUCUUUUCAGGUAUUUAAAGGCCAUUUUUGUCCAUCUGACACAGUUUUCUCUAUACUUAGUACGUUUUCUUCUAAAUUUAGAGUUUCACUUUGAUGAAAUCAAAAGUCUCCCCGCCGUGUGUACGUGACCUGCGGCAGUUACUCUGUCCUCAUUAUUGCUGACUUCUCAGACAUGACUUCACUCAGCUCCAGCGUGAAAAAGGGAGGGUCCGACCUGACAAGGUCUGUCCGAGGCGGGAGGCUUCGCCCUGUAGCUGUGAGCGACUCUCUCUGCACGUACACCUGAUACUGAGCCUCUGUGGCGUACGGCCAGCAGGAUAUCCUCUCUGACCACCAGUUCAGAUAAUUAUUGUUAUACGUGUGUGUUUCUCUAUGUGUGUGUGUGUCUAGGAAAAUGGCGAGCUCAUUCUUGAGGGGUUACUGAACAUCUACUGGGGUCUUCGUAGACCAAUCAGACUUCAGAUGUACGACGACAACGAAAGAUUUCGCCUCAACCGGUACGAGAAAACCGAUCCAAGCUGACUCAUGGAUUUCAAAUCAAAUCAAAUCAAAUCAAAACUCUUAAAUUUCAACUUCACCCACUGUAAAAUCUACCUGGACCCUUAAAUCAAUCUGAUUUAAUCGAUAAACUGCAGGGUUAGUUCCAACAUUAGGAUCCUUUUUCAGUGUUGAAAUAAUUCAUGGACCUUUGCGUGAUUAUUUGUCUGUUUCGUGACCUUUGCUCUACAUUCCCCAUGAGGAGCAGGAAUCUUAAUUUUUAUAAAAAUGCCUUUAUUAUGCAUAAUUAUUUCCUAUAACAGACUGGGAAGUAACCCAUCUGAACCUAAGAGGGAUCCAAAAACAGGCCUCACAUAUCGCCUGGUUGAAAGGUCAGAUUUUGGCUUCCAAUUCUGAACAAUAAAAUAAGAAAAUAAUUGACAACAAGGAUUUUAAGCAUAUCACAUUUACUAUUUACUGACAUUAACUGUCAAAAAAAUGUAUGUAUAAUUCAAGAAAAUAAACAAAUCGCUCAUGAAUGAUUGUUGGUCUUGGUGAUAAUCGAGAAUAUACUGCAGCCCAACUCCAGCUUUACGCUUAAAGAAAAUACAUUUUGUGACAUGACAUGACAUUUUUAGGCUUCAUUCUUAGUUCCCUGCUGAAGUUUAAGGAUUGUGUAGAACGUAAAGAGCUGACGGAAACAAACGUCCCUCUCUCCUUCUACAGGAACGACAGAUCCUCACCAGCAAAGCAGUUAUCAGAGGAGUCGAACAAUAACUCCGUCGGCGGUGAAAUUGGAUCAGCUUGUAAGUCGCCGACACGUGGAGUCAUUCUCUCACACAAACACAUCUGCUAGAUUAAUCCGGAUUACUGUACGCACACACACACAGACACACGUGCGCUAAAACAGAUUACAGUGCCAAAAGUGCUUCAUUCAGCAUGUCCAGUGGAAAGGUUUCCUCACGUGCGGAGCGUAGACUACAGGAAGGCCAUCUCGAUCUGAUCACCAAGACUAUAAAUAGUUUGAGUCACAGAGAUUUUCAUCUUUCCAAGUUUUUUCCUUCACUGUUGACGUGCUGCUGGGGUUUUCCUUAACCACAGGUAAACAAAUGAAGAAAUAUGACCGUUGUGUUGUGACCAAGGACGCGGGUCUGGGUUUCACUUAAGUCACGUGUAGAUCUAAAUGCUGCCUAAGAGGAUUGAAGAUUUUUAAUGGAAGUGCUGAGCCAUCAAGGUCACAAUUUCAGUAAUGUUCUUACCUGUUCUUCUCAGUUUGACUUCUCUAAUGACACUGUGUGUGAAUAUUAAAAUAAAGUUAAAUAAAGUAGGAAGUGGUGACAGAUCUGAGUUUUCCAUCUAGUUUAUCCAUUGUUUUAGAAAAAGAAACACAAUAACUAGACGAAUAAAAAAUGUAUCUAAAAGUUUAUGAAUAUUUUAGAGUUUGAGUAAAGAAGUAAUCAUGUAAAACUAUAAUUGCUCAUAAAACUUCUAAUAAUACAAAAAGUAUUUAGCAUAGUUUGAUUUUAAAGUUUUCUUAUCUAGAUUAAAAUAUCAGAAACCUCUUAUACGAGACUGUCCAGAUUUUUUUAUUUGUAUAAAAAUUUUGAUGUCAGUCAUCUCACUGGAAAAAAAACAUGAAACAUUUUCUGUUCUGUUUAUUUUACCCUUCAGAUAAUGUCUGUAUUCUUAUUGAAACAACAUUAUAUUUCAGUAGCCCAUCUGAUCGUGAAUAUCUGCUGUGCAAAAGUUUAAGUGUUUUUGUUGUAAACCACCUCAUCUGACAGCUCCACCCUUGCAAAGCUUCCAGGCAUCAUGAUAACCAUUUAGAAACCAUUAAACUUUUUAGAUCAUAAAAACCUCACUGCUAUUUUCAGUCUGUUUAAUAACCAGUCAAACUACUUCACAGCAACGGUCCAAAAGCCAAACACAAGGUUUCAGCUGAAGGUCACAGUGGAAACGUCCACCUUCUUAUAUACAGUCGCACAAACUCAACCCAGAAAGUACCUGUACGUUUCAGACACCAUCUGUACCAGGUAAACAAAGUGUACUUUUGUUGUCAUGUGUCUCUGAGGUGGUGACGCGGUGGUCACACCAGAGGAAGAGGACUCUCCUCAGCUGCUGCGGACCAGAAGUGAUGCUUCCUUCAUGCGUGUCCAGAGGAGGUCAAACACACACACCGCCAGAGACCUGCACCGCCUCCGCACACACAGGUUCUCCAUCAACGGACACUUUUACAACCACAAGGUACAAAUGAGCAGAUGUAGAAGCUCACUCCUGAUUGUAUCCUGUCGCUGACUGAUGUCCAGGUGCAGAGCAGCAGAGGUUUCCUGUUCGGGUGUUUCUGUGCUCAUGCUGAGUUUCCUAAUGGCCUGCUGUGAGCUGAUUACAUUAAUGUGCGACUGAGUUCCUUCAUUAGCUCGUCUUUGUUACAAUGUGUGUGUGAAUGGGAGAGAGUGUGUGUAUUGUUGUUAUUGAAGUGCCAGCUGCAGAUUGAGGGAUUUCCUUUUUAAACUUGAUUUUCCGGGUUCAAAAUGUCCACAGUGUUCAUAUCCAGGAAUACCUCAGUAGUUCAGGUGAAGUAAAGAUCUCUUUGUUCCUUUCAUUUCUGUGUUUUUGUGUUUCCCCAGACGUCUGUUUUUACCCCCGCCUAUGGUUCGGUCACUAACGUUCGAGUAAACAGUUCCAUGACAACUGUGCAAGUUCUCAACCUGCUGCUACACAAGUUUAGGGUAUGAAAUAAACACACGUCUUCUUCUGGUGAAUUUUCAAGGAAGUGUAAGACUAAAAAUAAUCUGAAUUCUUGUCUUUAAGGUGGAAAAUAAACCAGAAGAAUUUGUUCUUUAUAUGGUGCACGAGUCAGGGGGUAAGUUCACAUGUAUCCUGUUUUCCUCUGAAGUCCAAUUUGAGGAGGAAAAGCUCAAAUUUCUUCAAAAGUCACACUGCUUAUAGCUAAUAUCUCACUGUAGCUACCAAUAAAAUGUUAUUUCGGUAACACUUUACUUGACGCCUAUCUCUAUAAUGCGCUAUAGUCAUGUUAUAGCACCGUAUAACUAUAGUUAUAAACACUCAUAAAUGAUCAUAAUGCUCUAUAGCAAUAAUCAUAACACAUUAAAAAGCAUUUUAUCAUGACUUACAAGGUCAGGUAUUAUAAUGUGUUAUGCUUAUUGUUAUAAAGCAUUAUGAUAAUUAAUGAGUGUUUAUAAUGAUAGUUAUACAAGUUUAUAAGCAAAUUAUAACACAUCAUAAAUAAAUGUAUAAUGCAUUAUCUAUGUGGGCAUUGUCAUUGUUAUAAUGUGUUAUGAUUAUUGCUAUAAAGCAUGAUGAUCAUUUAUGAGUGUUUAUAACUAAAGUUAUACAGUACUAUAACGUGAUUAUAAUGCAUUAGACAUAUAUUUAUAAUGCGUUAUAGAGAUAGGCGUCAAGUAAAGUGUUACCGUUAUUUUGACUUUGCAUACAUUUUUCAUCAUCUGUUGCCUGUUCAAUCUGGAGGCAGUAAAAUGAUUUAUUAUUGCUUCUUCUGUUUUUAUGUCUGCACAUUCACAGUCAGUCCUGCUCUUUGUUUUUGACCUUGCAGAGAGGACCCGACUGAAGGAUGGCGAAUACCCGCUGGUGGCCCGUGUGCUUUAUGGACCCUGUGAGAAAAUCUCAAAGAUCUUAAUCACUGAGGCUGACCUGGGAGAGGAAGUCACAUAUGAUGUGAGUUAGGACCUCCUGCCACGCCUCCCUCUGUUAUCUCAAUCUGCUCAUGAUCACUGACCCUUUUUAUAUUUUUGUGCAGAGUUCGACACAGACACACAAUGACACAAUGGAAAAGUGACAAACUGUUGAGUUAAAUUUAGCAAGCAGAGGAAAGGUAUCCUGUUUCCAGACUGAUGUAACAAUAGAUUUACAUGGACCACUGUGUGUUGUGACUGGGCUGAGAGAUAAAAAUAAAGCUGAUUGUUGAUGGAGGACAUUUUUGAUUAUUAUCAUGCUCAUAAAUAUCGAGUUGAAAGGUCAAAGCAUCCAAAUUAGAACAAAACCAUUUCUGUUUAACCGUUUGUUUUUCCUGGUUUUGGUUUUGUUUUUCCAGAAUUGAAAAUAUUCAGCUUUUAUUUGACUCUGUACCGACAUAAUAGAGGUGACCCACAGUUUGAUUCUGUAAUUUAGAGUAUUAAAAGAUUAAGUUUGUACUAAUUAUCAGUAUUGUUUCUUUGCAGGAAAUGAACUCCCUGUUUCUCUGGAUUAAGCAAAGAUUUUGCUUAAGGCUCUUUUAAUUAGGGCGACUUUAUUAUUGUGCUUUAUUUGAGUGCAAAUUAAGUUCUGUGGAUUAUCAGAAAAAAAGGAAAGCUCUUCCUGGAAACAGAUUGUUGUUGUUUUUUUUGGUAUUUUAAACUUUGAUUUUAACAAUCUGCUUUUUGCUCAUUUUGAGAUUUGUUUUUUCUCUGCUUGAGUUGCUACAAUGUCCAGCUUACAGUAAACUUACCCAUUCCCUUUAUGUUAGGUUUUGUUUUGGAUUUUUAGAGUUGAAAUUAAUUUUUUGGGCAAAUGAUGAAAUAUUAAGCAUGUCUUGAUUGUAUCGUAAUGCACUGAUGAGGUUAUAUAACCCAGGAUGUCUGUGGUUUUCAUGCUCUUUUCUUCAAUGUUCUUUCGUUCCAGGUUGCUCAAUACAUAAAGUUCGAGAUCCCCGUUUUAGACAGCUUUGUGGAAAAACUGAAAGAGGAAGAGGAGCGCGAGAUAAUCAAACUAACCAAAAAGUGAGUCAAGGGUUUCUCUACGCAGCAGACAGAAUUAUUGACAAAGCAGUUCUUAGUGACAUGUCUAUUUCAUUAAGUGAAACCAAAAUGCGUGUCUCCUGCUGGUGUCACAAAGUCAAAUCAGGGCCUUGACUGAGGAGAGGGUCUGAAUGAAACAUUUGCGUCUUACUGUUUACAAGAAGAUUAACCCUAUUAACCACAUGACCGACACUGAAAGCCUGAAAAUCCAUCAUUGAUUUGUGUCUGUCAUGAUUACAGUUCACAUUUGAGCAUGGACAUUUAACAGUUUGUUUUUAAUAUUCACAGAUUUCUUGUAAAUGAUAUCCUUGUUUUUUUCUAUGUUGUUGAAUUUGCAAAGAAAUUUUAUGAACUCAAAAAUCAAUAACUAUGCUUAAAAGUACAGCGAAAGGUUUAUCAGCUCUUUAUAUUUAAUCCCACAAAAAAAACAACAGUAUAUAUAAUUUUGAUAAAUGACAUAUCUGUGGGAUUUUUGACAAAGUUAGAGAUAUUAAGAUAGAUUAAGAUAUUAAAGCUCCUGUUAGGAACUUUUCAUCUUUACCAACUUCAGCAUCCUGUUUAGACAAAACUCAUUUCGCUUAGCUUAUCAUCUACUUUUACGUAACACUUUACAAUAACCAUAAUUUAGAAAUGGUAAAUAGAUAGUUUAUUAAUGUAAGUUAAUAGUUACUUUACCAUUAACAAGCAAUGAAAUUAUGAUUAAUAAUUUUCAUUAAUUAUCAAUGGACUAUUUAUUAAAGGUUUAUACAGGGGUUAAAUAUUGGUUGUAAAACAUCUAGAUUAAAAUGUGUCAGUAGCACUUUGUUAAUGGUUAAUAUUUGUCUUUAAACCAUCUAUAAACAUUACUUAGAUGGUUAUAUGCUGUUUAUACAUGAUGAUUAAACAUUAAUAAAGUAUCUGCUUACCAUUUAUGAAUGGUCUAUUUACCAUUUAUAAGUUAUAGUUAUUUAAAGUGUAACCGAAUUUAUGAGUACUAUGUAAAAAUAGAGCUGUUUCUUCAUGUGCCCAGCCGACACCUAUCCCCUCACGCUACUUUCAGGCAUGAAGAAUUACAAUAAAAAAAACCAUCAGUCCUCUCACUGAUGGUCUUGUUUACUUUUGUAUAUAAUAAAAAGACAAAAAUAGGAAUUUUAGUUGAUUUCCUUCAUGUUGAAAAAACUCUUCACAGGAGCUUUAAUUUUUUACUGUGAAGUAUGCUCACUGCUCACCUGCGGUACCUUUAAAGGCCACAGGGGGCACAGCUUUUACCUGAAUCAUUGCUUCAUGUUGAUGAUUGUUAAACACACAGGUUGUGCUUUUCUUGUUUGGUUAAUAUGUGAUUUAUCUUCAAGAGUGAUAACCCUCUGACAGUGUGAUUAUGUAAGUCAGGGUCAUGAGUGUGUUUUUCUUCCUUCUCUGCAGGUACAGCGCUCUGAAGUCUAUGAUUCAACACCAGCUGGAGGGCAAAGCUCAUAACAGUGACCGAGUAUGAGUGUGUGUGUGUGUGUGUGUGUGUGUGUGUGUGUGUGUGUGUGUGUGUGUGUGUGUGUGUGUGUGUGUGUGUGUCCUGACAGUGACCUGUUUAUAUUUGUUUUGAGUGUGUGUGCAUGUGUGUGUGUGUGUGUGUAUGCGUGGGAACAACACUAAUGAUUGUCGGUUAAAUUUGGAACAUCUUUAAAUACUGUAGUGAAUGUACAGAUAAAGUUAAAAUGAUAAAGUUAGGGCAGUAAUAGAACCAUAUCACACACCAACGUGCUUCUUCUUUUAGAAUAAUGACUUUUUAACAGUUUGUAUGAUCUGUUUGUUGAAGUUUAUCUCUGCUUUGAUAUCUCUGCUAGUAAUAUAUUCACAUUUGAUAUGAAAUUCUCUCUGCAUAUAUGGAUAUUUAUACAGGCUGUUUUUUGACAAUGUUUUCUAAGACUUGGACCUCUUUUAUGUAAUAAAUCAGUUUUAGUGUGGCCUUUA